AUGUUGGAGAAUCUCUGCACCCUCCCGCUGUCGGCGGACCUCUUCACCCAGGUCUCGCAUCCUUCCAAGCCGAUCCUCACAGUUGGCCUGUCUAGCGGCCGGGUUGAGAGCUUUCGCUUACCCAGCGAAGAUGACGAUGAAGGCGGCCAGAGCAGUAGCACAAGUAGCGGGAAGGGGUUGAUCAAGAGCGUUUGGAGCACCCAUCGCCACAAAGGAAGCUGCCGCUAUCUUGCCUACAGCCACGACGGAGAGGCCCUCUACUCUGCCGGCACGGACUCUGUCGUCAAGCACUUCUCGCCCGAGACCGGUCUUGUCAUAUCCAAGAUUGGCCUCCCCCCUCGCAACAGCUCCACCAGCACCACCGACUGCCCAGCGAUCCUCCACGUUCUCUCUCCUCAAACACUUCUCCUCGGUACCGACUCGGGCGCGCUUUACAUCUUCGAUCUCCGCGAGAAUGGGAGCCUGGACCCCAAGCCCGUGCGCAAGCAUGUCCCGCACGCCGACUACAUUUCCAGCAUCACCCCGCUCCCGGCCUCUUCCGAGAGCACUUCUGGUUUUCCGAAGCAGUGGGUAUCGACGGGCGGGACGACACUGGCAGUGACGGAUCUCAGGCACGGGAUCGUCACAACCUCAGAGGACCAGGAGGACGAGCUGCUGUGCUCAACCAUCAUCCCGAGCGGACUCGGGCCGAAACGCAUGCGGAGCAACGCGGUGGUGGCGGUGGGCACCGGGGGCGGCGUGUUGACGCUCUGGGACCGCGGGGCGUGGGACGACCAACAGGAGCGCAUCUACAUCGCAGGGGGUAAGAGUCGGCGGGAUGCGGACAGCCUCGACGCCAUUGUGCGCGUUCCGGACGAGCUUGGAUAUGGUAAGGAGGUUGUUGUUGGCGUUGGAGACGGCAGCAUGGCUGUUGUCGACCUGAGGCGACGCGAGGUGCAGGCUGUGUUGAAGCACGACGAGAUCGAAGGCGUCUCCGCGCUAACGUUUGAUUACCAAAACCGGUUGAUCAGCGGUGGCGGCAGGACGGUCAAGGUUUGGGCCGAGUCGAGACUUGGCGAUCUCGAUGACGAGGAAGAAAAUAAUGGGACUGGAGAAAUCGGCAUCAAGAGGGCCGCGGACAGCGAUGACGAUUCAGACGAGGGCAGUGACAGCGAGGAGGAACGUCCCGUCAAGGAGAAGCAGUCCAAGAAGAAACGGAGGAAAGAGCGCGGCGCUCAAGGAAGGAACGUGGCCUUCCCAGGCUUGGACUAA